GUUUUAUUUAAAUUUCACCUUCUAUUGUGAGCGAGGUGAAACGGACUGAGAUUCGAAGAAAGGAGCAGUGUUGACUUGGCGCUUGAGACGGUCGCCUCUCAGGUUUACCCGCCUUACCUGCACUGGGGAAGUCCUUAUAAAUCGCCGGUUUACAUUUAAAAUUCAUAUUUGUUUGUGUAAUCCAUAAGUGGACAAUGAAACCGAUAGUUUCAAUUCUUCUAAUGGUGUUCGUGGUUGCCCACGGCACGAGCAUUUUGGAUUAUCUAGACUGGGAAGAUGGCAAGAAACUAAUUGAAGUACCAGAGCUACGAAAUGAUCAGCCCAACCGCAACUGCAUGUGCAAGGGGCCAGCUUGUAUAUGCUGUGUUAAUUUCAAUAUUACUAUUGUCGACCUCGGUGGACCAGGUUGCGUUCACAUGAAAUAUGUUUCUCCAGAUGAAGGAUUUUCAGUAAAAGUAUCGUAUGGAAAAAAUCUACUACACAGCUCGAAAAUACAAGGCGCAAACCCAGCACCUAUAUGUCUGGAAGUUUUUGGCAAAUUCGCCCAACUCUGUGCAAAAUUCAGCGAUCUAGCACCCACAUCUGACGGUCUCCGUGGAUGUAUAGAUUUAGAGCCGAAAUUACUUGGAGAUUCACAGCUAGAGUUUCCAAUCGGCUGCUUCAAGUCCACUGCUGGUGGUAUGGAGAUGGAAGAUCCUCCCGCUGAACAGGAAUCUACGACAGAGCAAGAAGAUAAUAGUGAGGACCCUAACCAGUUCGACGCAGAAACUUUCUUAUUAGGAGUAUAUCAAACAGCUGAACAAGGAGUAGCAUUCUUGAGUAGUCUUUUAGACCUCCCCGGCAAGUUGAACUCAACGAAACCCAUACAACCGGGUGCAACUACAUUAAAACCUGAAGAAGUUAGCCCAUCAGAGCCCACACAGAGAAGAGCUUCAAAGAACCUAAAACAUCCCAAUCAUUUGUGAUAAAACUGCCUUAUUUAUAUUCCUAUUUAAGUACAAAUACAGCAUUUUCCUAGUUAUACUUUAAUUUGCAACGUGAGAAUGGACUGGUGCGCUUUUAUAUUGAUUUAUUCUAUUUAUUGCUUUAAGUUACUUCAAGAUACUACUAGACUGUAAUUUAAUUAAAAGUUGUUUAAUUGUAUCAUGAUUUUUAUUAUUCUGGAUAUGUCAUACAAGUUGAUAACUUGCCUAAAAAUAUGUGACGUAGUCACCUACAGAUCAUGCUAAUCCUACUGACAUUAUGAACUUAAACAUGAACUCACUGUAUAGAGGAUUUAAUAGACAUACAUACAUAU